CGCAGCGGCCGCCCGCUGAGAGCCGCUGCCGGCACCCCCCGUGUCGCCGCCGAUGGUGCUGCCGGGCUCCUGCUGCCCUCUCCCGGGACUCGUCCCGCUGCCCCAGGCGGCGGCGGGUUCGCUGUCGGCCGUGGCCACCGGCCUGUCGCCGCCGCCCCUCCGCCCGGGCUUGCCGCCGCGCCGCCGCCCGUGCCCCCCGGUCGCGCUGCCCGCCCGCCCGCUGCUCGGGCUGGGGCUGCUGCAGACGGGCCUGGGCUGCGCCCUGGUGGUGCUGAGCUUCGGGGCGCUGUGGCUGAGCAGCGCCCCGCAGGUGAAGAACGCGUGUCCCCUCUGGGCCGGCUCCUCGGCAAUCUUAUGUGGAAUCUUAGGGUUAACAACAUGGAAGAGGCCAAUGAUGGUUUUGGUUAACCUGUUCGUUUUGCUGUCUGUGAUCUGUGUUCUGCUGAACUUGACUGGAUUAAUAUUAGCAUGUCAAGGCUUUCAGUUUGUGUCCGGGGUACCCAGAUGCAAUUUGAUGGAUAUGGAUGAAAAGAAGAUUUGUUUCUGCUGUGAAGAACAUCUAAGUAAAUGCACGGAAGUAGAGGCUUUACUGAAGCUAWACCGUAUGAAGUCAUGCAGUGCUGCUCACCUUCUUCUCAAGAAAGUCCUCUUAACGCUUAGUGCCCUGAAUGCUGUCACCGCUGCAGUUUGCUUGAUAGCAGCUGCCCUGCAUUACUUACAGAUAUUUGCAUCAAGGAGAUCCUGCAUAGAUGAAUCUCCCAUUGAAGACCAAGAUCACAUUUUGGAUCCUGAUGAUUUUAUCCCACCUGUCCCACCUCCCUCCUAUUUUGCGACUUUUAAUUCUUGUACUCCGCAGACAAGUCACAGGACACUUGCCUCUGACGUGAUUUCGUUGCCAUAUAUUUAUGGAAAGCGAACCAAAGGGGUUGAAGUGUUCCGCCGUCUGGACCCACCUCCACCUUACGAAGCUGUGUGCAGCUCAGACAGCUCUGAGCAGGGAGGUGUACUUCAAGCAAAUGGCAUGGAAGAUGUUGAAUCAGGGGAAUUAAGUGGCAGGCAGUCCUUUGAAGCUGAAGAAAUUCAGGAGCCUUCCAGCAGAGUGAGCCUUUCCCCUUCAGAGAUACGCUGCGUGCCUGCCCAGGUGAACAGGAGAGCCACUGAGCCCUUGCGGAAACGAUCUAACAGUGACCCCGGGCUUCUGCACUGCCUCUUGCCUCAAGGGACUGCACUCUACUGUGAAACUACAACCCUCAAUGAUGCGAAUCAACUGAAUGCUGUCACCUUGCGGAAAAGUUCAAGAGCAAGAGCUUUGAGGGGAAGACCCCAAUCUCUGAUAGACUAUAAGUCUUACAUGGACACUAAACGACGCGUGGCAUGGAUCCUUGAGCAGUCCCCCUGCAGCAUGAGCCCAGACAUUGAUGACUUGGUGGAAAAUAUCAAAUCUGUUUUAAAAUCAGAUGAGAAAUAUAUGGCAGAAGCUGUCACCAGUGCCACUUUCCUUGAGCAGGCGAUGGCACCUGCCCAGCAAGCCAUGUCAUUGAGAGUUCGUGUAUUACCUUUUAGAUUACAUCCUCGAUUGCUGUACCUGGAGAGCUGUGGUGACCUGAGUACUUUCACCACAGAGGGAGAACAGCUAGCAGAGAGGAGAAUCCAAAGAGCAGAACAUGAGCGGCGUCACAGUCUUAUUGGAGUUGUCAGGGAAACUGUACUUUGAGCUGGCUUUUUGGUUAYUCCUCAGCAGAGCACUUCUGCCAGAUAUGCACGUAACUACAGAGGAAAACCGUCUCUGGCAAUUGGGUGGAGGAGUUUUAUCAACAAUCACCUUUUUUUUAUACUCUCAAGCACCAACUCCAAGGGGGAGGAUGAUUCUACAAAGACUGUUAAGCAGAUUGCAAGCUGACCUUUACUGGGCUCUCAGUUGCAAUUCARUCUAUUUAUUUGUGAUGCAUUACUGUCCUGCUUCUCUGUGGAGUUUGGUAACAUGCGGUUGUGGGCUACAAUGGUAACUCAUCUUUGGGGGUGGAGCUGUCUAAAGCUGUGUCAAAGAACUUUGUAUGUUACAGAACUUUGAUUUAAAUAAAAAUCUCCUGUCAUAAAAUGCAAACCUUCAGAUACAAAGUUAGUAAAAAAACGGUGUUCAGAAUGCUAAAUU